AUGAAAUCCUCAUAUUUUCCUCUUCCAGUCAAAGCCAUUCUUCUUCUCAUGAUCCUAAUAAACCAAUCAAACAUUGCAAAUUUUCAACCAACAAAUGACACCCAAUUCAUCAAAACCACUUGUCAAUCCACACCCUAUCCUGACCUCUGCCUCUCCUCUCUCUCCGACUCCGCCGCCGCCAUUCACAGUAGCUAUCGUCUAAUGACCAUCGCCGCCCUCACCGUUGCUCUCACACACACGCGCUCUACCUCAUCGGCGGUCGAGAGCCUGGCCAAGUCGUCGAAUGCCUUGACGCCGCGAGAGGGUUAUGUCAUACGUGAUUGUAUUGAAGAAUUUGGAGACUCAGUUGAAGAACUAAAGAUGGCUAUAGAGGAGUUGAAGGAUAAUAACAAGACUCGAUUGGAAACUGAGGAUAUUCGGACGUGGGUUAGCGCUGCUCUAACCGACGACGAUACAUGUAUGGAUGGGUUGGUUGGAGAUGCCAUGAAUGGUAACAUAAAGGAAUCGAUAAAGGCAAUGGUGGUGGAUGUGGCUCAAUUGACAAGCAUUGCUCUUUCACUUGUAAGUUUGUUGAAGUAA